AAAUGAUUACCUUCAUUGUUUUGCUAAGUGUUGCUGCAGUGCUGCAACAAUCUCCUGGAAAUGCUGAUUUUGCUUCUGAGUCAAGUAACAAAAGAGAAAACCAAAAGGAGAUUGUUGACAAGCACAAUGCUUUAAGGAGAUCAGUGAGACCAACUGCUAGGAACAUGUUACAAAUGGAAUGGAGUUCUAAUGCUGCUCAAAAUGCAAAACGUUGGGCAGAUAAAUGUUCUUUUGUUCAUAGUCCACAACACUUAAGAACUGCAGGAAGAUUAAAAUGUGGUGAAAAUCUAUUCAUGUCAAGUCAUCCUAAUUCAUGGACAAAAGUAAUUCAGGCGUGGUAUGAUGAAUACAAAAAUUUCAAAUAUGGCAUUGGAGCAAACCCACUAGGUUCUGUUAUUGGCCAUUAUACUCAGAUAGCUUGGUACAAAAGUUACCUUGUUGGUUGUGCUGCUGCCAGAUGUUCUUCAUCCAGAUACAACUACUUCUAUGUUUGUCAUUACUGCCCAGCAGGGAAUAUCAUAGGUUCAAUUGCUACUCCAUAUAAAUCAGGGCCACCUUGUGGGGACUGUCCUUCGGCUUGUGUCAACGGACUGUGCACAAAUCCUUGCAUAUAUGAAAACAGGUUCUCGAACUGUGACUCUUUAGCGAAAGACAUUGGAUGCCAGAAUUCUUUCAUCAAAUCUAACUGCCCUGGUUCUUGCUACUGCCGCACCGAAAUAAUAUAG